UAACGAUUUUCCUCUCUUAGGGUUUUUCUCUGCCUCACUUCUUUUCCCCAGAGAGAGAGAGAGAGAAGAUGAAGACGAUUCUGUCAUCGGAGACUAUGGACAUCCCCGAGGGGGUUAAGAUCAAGGUGAAGGCGAAGAUGAUCGAAGUGGAAGGACCAAGAGGCAAGCUUACGCGAAACUUCAAGCACCUCAACCUCGAUUUCCAGCUCAUCACAGACGAAGCCACCGGCAAGAAGAAGCUGAAGGUCGACGCUUGGUUCGGCUCUCGAAAGACCACCGCUGCGAUCCGCACUGCUCUUAGCCACGUCGAGAACCUCAUCACUGGAGUCACCAAGGGGUACCGCUACAAGAUGCGUUUCGUCUACGCUCAUUUUCCUAUUAACGCCUCCAUCACCAAUGGAAACAAGUCUAUUGAGAUCCGUAAUUUCCUUGGCGAAAAGAAGGUGAGGAAAGUGGAUAUGCUUGAAGGGGUUUCUGUUGUCCGGUCUGAGAAGGUUAAAGAUGAAUUGGUACUGGAUGGGAAUGAUAUUGAACUUGUUUCCCGGUCUUGUGCCCUGAUUAACCAAAAAUGUCAUGUCAAGAACAAGGAUAUCCGGAAGUUUCUUGAUGGUAUUUAUGUCAGCGAGAAGGGGAAAAUAGCUGAGGAAGAGUAAUUAGUUAGGAGUUUUUUAUAUCUCAUAAUUAGUUUCUUUCUGGAGUAGUAAUUUCUUUUUCAUUUCCAGAGUUUAUUUGGACACCUGUUAUGAACUUGUUUGAAAGUAAUUUCACAAUUUUGUGGUGUGAGACUUCAGUUCUAAAAUGGAUUGGUUGGGUUACCAUCUUACUUCCCGUCAUUUCUUUGAAGGAGUUGUAGGCUUGGUGUGCCAUAUUUGGAAGAAAUAUGAUAUAUGAACCAUUGAAUAGUUUAUUGUGAUUUUAAGGGUUUCAAGGCCUUUUCUUUGUGAUUUUCUUUUUUCUUCUUGUAAUCUUGAAUUUCAGUGAAGACCAAUAUUUGGGAUGUUUGCUGAAAUGCUUUCGAAAUGCCCAUGCAGUUUGAUCUCAUUCCUUCUUUUCAAAUUGGGGACUCUUGUGCAAAAUAUUGUAUUAUUGGAUAA